CUAAGACAUCGAUAGAAAAAGCCCCUAAACUGUGCGAACUAGCGGAUUACUUUUUGGGGACGAUACCACUGCAUAUUGCAGCCUUACAUGGGUGUAGGAAGAGCAUUGCUCGUAAGCUGUUAGCAUUGUGAUACUUCUUCUUCGUUUACAAAGGAUAAAAUCAAGCAACAGACUGCACUUCACUUAGCAGCACAACAUGGACAUACGGAUAUUGUGAGAUGCAUACUCAACUUUGCAGAAGACUGUUGAAAUGAGAGAUGAAGACGGUAAAACUGCUCUCCACUACGCCGUUGAAAAUGCUAAAGUGGGUGUUGUAAGAUAUUUGGUGUCUUUCGCAAGGGUAAUUAAUAAAGCUAACAAGAAUGGGUACACUGCGCUAGACAUAGCAAAUCAGAAGUAUGAAGAAGAACCAUUGUCUCCCUACUUUGCAAUUUGGUGGUUCCUGAGCAGCAAGAAUGGGAUCACAGGAUUGGAGGCGGCAAACCAGAUCAGAGAAACAUCAAAGCCAUUUCCAAGUGAUGAAAAGUAUUCGACAAAAAUCAACAGUCUUUCUGUAUGUGCCAUAUUGAUUGCAACGGUCACAUUUCAAGCGGUUUUCACCCUGCCAGACCAUGACAAGGACAAGACGGCCCUGUCCGCGGAGAUUUCUUUCCAAAGUUUUAUAUUCUUCGUUUGGCUGGCAUUUUGCUUUUCAAUGGCAGCAGCAAUCCUUCUAGCCUACGCAACCUCUUUCCGUCGCUAUCGUAGUUUGGCAGUAGUCGCAGCUAUCUUAUCAAUGGCCCUCUACAGCAUGAUGAUUUCAUUUUCCUUGGCCAUAUUUCUACAACUGAGGAAAGGGUAUUAUAAGUUGGCAGUUUUCUUCUUCUGUGCAAUGUUUUUGCUGGCCCCGAUUGCCAUUGGGGUGAUACUAGUGGUGUUGCAUAAUGCCAUCGGUUUUCGAGUCUCCGAGUUCAUACAACCAGGGCUUUUGAGAAUAGGCCGCUUUUUCCAGGCCAGCUUUAAGAGGGACGCGUCUAUUCUGGUUGUAAAAUGGCAGUACGGAUUGACUAACACGUGUGUUAGUCGUGCAUUUUACACUGUCGAUUUUGCAAUAAACGACUGCGAUUUACUAACACAUCGCUAUCACGCUGUACAAAAGGUCUGUUUUGGAGCCAAAAUAGCUUCGGCCCUUUAAGAGAUGCUUCCACUGAUUUGACCGGAAAUUGA